UCGCAGUAGUUAGUCGUCAGCAGCGGAACUCGCGCAGAAGAAAUCGACUGGUUGUUUGGAAACCAUAGUAAACCUGCAGAGCAGCCGUUGUACCUCUUUAGUGGCUAUUAUAUCAUUCGCAUUGCUAGAUAAGACAGCGGCUCUGAAGCGCUAGACCCGUAAACCUCUCAGAUUUGCCGUUGGUCGUCAGGUAACGUCAGCUGAUCAUGAACGUGGCGAAGAGUGGUUACCACGUUUUCUGUGCCAACUCCACGCCCGCGUGCACUGAACUCUCUAAGAAGAUUACCGAGCGUCUUGGAGUUGAGCUGGGGAAAUCUGUGGUUUACCAGGAGUCCAACAGAGAAACGAGGGUUGAGAUCAAAGAGUCUGUGAGAGGCCAAACGAUCUUCAUCAUCCAAACCAUUCCCAGAGAUGUCAACACUGCCAUCAUGGAGCUGCUGAUCAUGGCCUAUGCGCUGAAGACCUCCUGUGCCAAGAACAUCAUCGGCGUGAUCCCGUACUUCCCCUACAGCAAACAGUGUAAGAUGAGGAAGAGAGGAUCUAUCGUGUGCAAACUGCUCGCUUCCAUGUUAGCUAAAGCAGGUCUGACUCAUAUAAUCACCAUGGACCUGCACCAGAAAGAGAUCCAAGGCUUCUUUACGUUCCCCGUGGACAACCUGCGGGCUUCUCCAUUCCUGCUGCAGUACAUUCAGGAGGAGAUUCCUGAUUAUAGAAAUGCUAUAAUUGUUGCCAAGUCUCCAUCUGCUGCAAAACGGGCUCAGUCGUAUGCAGAGCGUCUGCGUCUUGGCCUGGCCGUCAUGCAUGGGGAAGCUCAGUGUUCGGAGUCAGACAUGGCAGAUGGGCGGCAUUCUCCUCCGUGUGUCCGCAACACCAUUGGUCACCCUGGACUGGAGCUGCCAUGCAAACAACAAGCUCCGUUCCCAGGCAUAGAGCUCCCAAUAAUGAUGGCCAAGGAGAAACCACCCAUCACUGUUGUCGGAGAUGUUGGAGGCCGCAUCGCCAUCAUUGUCGAUGAUAUCAUUGAUGAUGUGGAGGACUUUGUGGCAACAGCUGAGAUUCUGAAAGAGAGAGGAGCUUAUAAGAUCUACGUCAUGGCCACCCACGGCCUCUUGUCUGCAGACGCCCCGCGCCUCAUCGAGGAGUCCGCCAUAGACGAAGUUGUGGUGACCAACACUGUCCCUCAUGAGGUGCAAAAGCUCCAGUGUCCUAAGAUCAAGACAGUGGAUGUCAGUAUGAUCCUGGCCGAGGCUAUCCGACGCAUUCACAAUGGGGAGUCCAUGGCCUACCUGUUCCGCAAUAUCACAGUAGACGACUAGCCAACAAGCACAUUUACAUUAGAGACAGAGGUGAGGUGUAGAGUUAAGGGGGAGUAAGGCCAAUGCAGUUCCCCAUUCCCAACACUUCAAUCCCCUUCAUUUCUCAAAGAAAACCCUUUUAUUCAUCAAAAUUGAAAUUCAAUUGAAAUAAACUUCCAUUGCCAGGUGAUAUAAAAUAAAUGAAGACAUACUUAAACCUUUAAA